GUUCUUUAAGACAUUCGAAAACAACCAGAGAACAUACGAAGCUCAAUACAUUUUCUUAUCUUUGAAAAUCGCCAGAGACACUUGGUUCGACGGUGAAUUUUACAAGAGCUAUUUCAUGUGGGAUUCUUUCACAGCUGGUGUUGCAGUCUCAAUCAUGAGAAACUCUGCUAAUAAGAACAACAAAAAUGGUGAGAACGAUUUCGCGGAGAUGGAGUAUAUGAACAUAACCAUUGUUACUUCAAACAAACCUUAUGGAAAAUCCGAUGGCUCAAAUCCUUUCUUUGACAAAAGAAAAAUUCCAAAGUUCAACCUAACCCUUGGAGGAGUUCACAGUGGUCAUGUUCAGAUGGGUUUGCGAGAUCCAAUCUGCAUACCAAAAAGCGGUAAAGGAAGGUGUAAGGAUGGUUACACCCAAGAGAUCUCUGGACCUGAUUCAGUACGUGUUCUUGUCGCUACACGAGCUAAACCGAACAUAAACAUCAAAAGUAAACUUGACAGAGAGUUCUAUGUUGAUUUCUUGGAAGUUUUGAAUAGACCUGAAGAAACAGGAAGAUUUAACUUUUCAUCUCAGUUUCCAUACUACAAAGAAGAAUUGUUGAGACCAGAUCUUAGCAAAAUACGGCUCGGAAAGCCAGUUGUUUUCGACAUGGACAUGAGCGCCGGAGAUUUCCUCUCUCUCUUCUACCUUCUUAAGGUUCCGGUAGAGAAAAUCGAUUUGAAGGCCAUUAUUGUGAGCCCAAAUGGUUGGGCUAAUGCAGCAACAAUCGAUGUUGUCUAUGAUCUGCUUCAUAUGAUGGGUCGCGACGACAUUCCGGUCGGUCUGGGAGACAUGUUUGCGUUAAACCAAUCUGAUCCGAUUUUCCCACCGGUUGGAGAUUGCAAGUACGUCAAGGCCAUUCCACAAGGCUGUGGCGGAUUUCUUGAUUCCGACACUCUCUACGGUCUUGCUCGUGACCUUCCAAGAAGUCCUCGCAGGUACACUGCGGAGAACUCAAUGGAAAAUGGAGCUCCGAGGGAUACUAACCGGCCUGAACUCCGACAACCUCUGGCACUUGAAGUUUGGAAAAAUCUGACCAAAUCUUGCAAUGGGGUGACUAAUAUCACUGUACUAACCAAUGGACCGUUGACUAACUUAGCUAAGAUCAUCUCAUCAGAAAAAGAAUCAUCCUCAUUCAUCAAGGAAGUUUACAUUACGGGAGGACAUAUAAACCGUGAGAAAUCAGACAAAGGGAACAUAUUCACGGUUCCUUCAAAUGCAUACGCCGAAUUCAAUAUGUUUCUUGAUCCUUUAGCAGCCAAGAACGUUCUUGAUUCCAGUCUAAACAUCACACUCGUACCUCUAUCAACACAACACAAGUUGAGCUCUUUCCAAACGAUGCUUAAUGGACUCUAUUCCCCGGCGAAAACUCCGGAAGCCCGGUUUGUGAAACGGCUGGUUGCUAGAUUGCAAGCUCUUCAUCAGAAACACAGGAGAUACAAGCACCUGGACAUGUUCUUAGGGGAAAUUCUUGGAGCAGUUUUCUUGGGAGGCGAUCACGCUUCAUUAAAGCCGAAACUGCGAGCUGAGCAUAUAAAAGUGAUCGCUGAAGGAGAUGAAUCCAAAGAUGGUCAGAUAUUGAUUGAUAAACUGCGCCGAAAACAAAUAAAGAUACUCGAAAGUGUAGAUUUGAGAGGCUGCCUUGAUAUUUUUGCCUCUACACUCGAUGAUAAGAAACAAUCUGCAGUCAUAGGAAGCUUUGAAGAACAAAGGAAGAAAUGGAACACACCACCAAGUUAGUUGACAAACAACAAAAAAGAUAUGCCUAUAACUGCUCAAAGAUUUGACUGAACUUAUAUGCUUAAAGAUUACUCUU